UGAGACCUUGACGCGGACCAUUCAAACACGUCUAGGCUCUUCCGUUUGCGGAAACAUGGCGUUCGUAGCCUGCUUCGGACCUCGUUACCCCCGGCAGCAGCCAUUCUUGGCCUGAUAGCGGGUUCGAAUAUGAAAGGAGCAGGUACCCAGCUCGAUCUGUGCCCACCUCAGUCAGACAAGCCAGCUCUCAUCAAUCUCCGCGCGUUUCUCAUUACCAACAAACCAACCAAUCGCCUUCAUUCGAAACAACAUCACCACUCCCUGUUCCUCACAAUUCCCCUGAGAAAGACACGGGAACCCCGCCCACCAUGCCGCUCGGCCACGUCUCUCUGCCCAUGACCCCCUCCACCUACAAGCCGAUGCGGGACUUCUACCUCUCAACCCUCGCCCCGCUGGGGUACACCCUUUUCGAGGAGAAAGAGGGCUGCUACCUCGGCCUGCAGACGCACCACAACCCAGACUUUUGGCUGCACUGCGGCGGCGACGACGACUCCAACAUGCCGCUGGUCGACCCGUCGCUGACUGCCGACGAGAACCGCAAGAAAUUGGGCACGGGCAGGACCCAUGUCGCGUUUAAUGUGGCUAGUCGCAAGAUGGUGGAUGCGUGGUAUCACAAUGCGAUCAAGGCGGGCGGUAUCCCCAACGGCGAGCCCGGCGAGAGGCCCGAGUACGUCAAGGGGUACUAUGCCGCGUUUGUGCUGGACCCGCUGGGGAACAACGUCGAGGCCGUGUACUUCUGCCCCUGGUGGAUGCAGGCCAUGAAUGCCGUGCCCAGCGUGCUAACGGUGUUGUUUGGCGCCGUCGCUGGGCAUUUCGCUAUAGGCUAUGCGAAGAGCGCGGGGUGGAUGUAAAUCCAUUGCUUGUGCCUUGGAUGUCGUUUUGCAGAGCCCUUUUUCCUCUCUGUCUGGAGCAAGGUUUCACUUAAUAAAACUACUUAUAUAAAGCCGUAGACUUAGAAAAGUGUCCCGCUCAAUGGUGGACCACCUUAAGCUUGAGUAGUGCAGGGAGGUGCCGUACGAAGGUUCGGUGCUGUAAUGUGUGUGGCAAGCCAGGCGUAAUGCCCGCACUUGCCAGGAGGCUGCAAAAUUAUUCGAUUCAGCUGUUUCCGAUAUAAUUGUGGUUGGUUCCUAAAGCUGUUGGGUAAAAUUCAGAUGGUUAUCGCAAGGGUAGUUAGGUACAGUAGAAGUGCGGCGCUC